AUGGCGUUUGCUGGGACAAAUGUCAGUUUGUCCCAGCCGGAUAUAACGCAAAAACUGACGGAGCGCAUAGAUGAUCUGAAGCAGAGAAUCGCUGCUUGGGGAAAGCGGAUUCGGCGAUAUACCGAGAGGUCGACACGGUUCAACCAGAAUCGUCUCUUCCAGAGUGAUCAGAAGAGGCUCUAUGAAUCAUUGGAGCGACCAAUGGUAAGUGGAACGGGUCCAGCACCGGAUCAGGCCGACACUGUAGCAUUCUGGCGCGGCCUGUGGUCAGAGCCCGUAAACCACAGCGAGGGCCCUUGGACGGAAGUUGUGGCGAGUCAGUGUGCGGGUAUUACGCCCAUGGACCCCGUCAUCAUAACGCCGGAUGACGUAGCUGAGGCGGUUCGUAGGGCCCCGAACUGGAAAAGUCCGGGGCUUGACGGGCUGCAUCACUACUGGCUGAAGGGGUUCAUGAACCGUAACGCCUCAUCAUCUCUCAGACGUGAAGCCAAGUGCAAAAUGAUCCUCGGAUCAUAG